AUGAGAAUUAGCAAACAUGUGAUUUUAUCAUUGUUGUUCAUUGGAAGCUGUAUAAUCCAGCAUAUUUCUUGUAAAGAAGAUAUAGUGAACAAUAAAACAAAAGUUAAAAAAAAGAAUGGGCUAUCCUCUAGCAAACUUGGGGUUGAGUGCAGCAAAAAGCUAUUGAAUUCGUCGCAGGACAUAUUUACGAACCAUCAAUUUAAGGGAAAGAAGAUAUUUUUGAUAAGAGCCACAGCACUGAAUGAAAAGCUGUAUAAGGCAAUAGAAAGAAUGCAGAGAGAAAAGCUAUCUGCACAUUUUAUAACAUACAUUAAAAAUCCAGCUAAAUUAGUAAGGAAUAAUAAAAAUGAUUACAUUUGCAGAAUAGUUACACUGCGUGGGCUGUGCAUGCUUUCAAACGCUGUAAUUGUUCAAACAACGCAAGACAAAGACAUACUAAUAAAUCUUGUGGGAGUUCCAGAGAAAAAAGUAACUGUGCUUUUUUCUAAUGUGAAUAAAGCCCCCAAACAGAAGAAAACGCUCUCUCUUCAAAAGAAAAGCUUUAAUCUUCCAAAUGGGCUGUAUGUUCUAUAUGCAGGCGCAAAUAUCCAUAUUAACGUGGAUAUAUAUAAAAAUACCAUACAUCAGAUGUACAUUCGGGCAGUUAGUGAGGAGCCAGAGACAUAUCGUGCAGGGCACUGCAAAAGAGGGCCAUACGACAGAAAAAUGCAUGAGGCGUAUGCACGAAUAUCCUCUAGUGAUGUUGCGUUAAGCAUUACAGACACAGACAUAUUCAGUGUACACAAUAAAAAGCUAGUUGUUAAGGUGGGAGGAAUUAAGGCUGUGAUAGAUAGAAGAAGAUUUAGUGUGACCUUAAAGGGGCCUAGCUGUGCGAUUAAGCCCAUAGGCUUAUCCAUGACAAAUUCUGCAAGGUGGAGGUUUAAUAGCGAUACAUUAAACAAAUUCAGCAUAGAUCAUCCUGGCCUUACGUAUAAAAGAAAACACAAAGGAUAUUUAUACAAUAGGCCAAGAAGACACCCAGUAGAGCUUUUUGAGCCAGUGCAUGAAUCUGGGCACUCUCCAUUGAAACGAGUUUUGAUAACAGGAUAUUGGAGGUCUUCUGGUGUUGGUAUGGUGUCAAAUAGAUUUUUGCUAAACUUGGCAGUGUAUCAGAGCUUACUUGUUAGGGGAGAUGCAUACAAUCCAUGGGAGCUAGCAAAAGAACAGGAAAUUAAUUAUUUCAUUGCACAGAUCUAUUUAUUAGAAAGUGGGCAGAUAACUAAAGCAAAAGCAAUUAACCCAGAAGCCACGUUUACCCGCCCAGGGGUAGAAAUCCGAAAUAGAUUUCCUCCAGACACAUCGUCUGUUAAACAGGGAUACUCUAAAAUAUAUACACACUUCCCAUGGGAGUUCAGCGACAUUCCACAGCAGUGGAUUGACCCCUUAAAAGACUCAAAGAAUACUAAAAUUCUUGUACCUUCAGAGUUCGUGCGAGAAGUGCAUAAGCGAGGAAAUAUUCCAGAAGAAAACAUAUAUACCAUACCACAUGGCGUUGCCUACAAAUCGCAGCUAAAUAUGCAAAAGAUAGAAAAGGGGCAGCACUCUGUUUCUGUGCAAUCUCUCUAUAAGGUACCAGAAGACUAUGCUAGAUUUGUAAUGAUCAGUGGAUUUCUUAAAAGAAAGGGUAUGGACAUAGGAAUCAAAGCAUACAUAAAGGCAUUUAAAGGAACCGAUAAAGUGGUUCUUCGCAUUCACUGUGCAUAUGGCGACAGCUCAGUGUCAAACCACUUAAAAUCACUCAUUCGUACAAAUCAGAUGCGAAAAGGACCAAAAAUCAUAUAUACUGAAGGGUAUACAACAGAUAAGAAAAUAAGAGGGCUUCUUGCAAAUGCACAUUAUAAUCUUGCGCCCUUCAGAGGAGAAGGCUUUGGAAUGAAUAUUCUAGAUGGAGCUGCUCUUGGAGCUGUUCCCAUUGUUACUAAUGCUAAGCCAGCCACAGAAUUUUGCACUCCCAGAGGAUCUUUCUUCAUUCGCUGUAAAACUGUCCCAGUUACUGGGCUUCCUGUUAAGAGGUUCCGCACAUACACUACUAUGUUUGACAUGCCAAUUAAAAAAUGCCCAACAUGGUAUAGCCCAAGUCAGAAGCACUUAGUUAAACUCCUUCGAAAAGCAGCAUCCAUUGUAAACAACAGAAAGUAUGCAAAGAUGAAAAAGAAUUGCAUUGUAAAUGCAUCCAAACAGACCUGGUCUUUUGUUCUUGAAGAACUAAAGAACUUGCUUGUCAAGAAGAGAAUAUAA